ACCUCAUUCAAUAUAUCUCUAUCUUCCUGAUGAUUUACAUAUGUUUCCAAAUAAAUGCGGCACCUUAGUUAAAUCUUCAGUUACUCACCUCUCCACCACGCGCAGGAUCGAUAACCAUUUAUUCGUACUCUAUUUAUUCCUUGAAUCCAACUCAGAUCUUCCCGGUCUCAAUAUUUUCUGAGUAUUCGGUAGGUUGCUUCAUAGACCAUCGUUUACCUGAAUAGUUGUGAGUGUGAUUUCUUGGUCGGUAGACUCCAUAACCUCUGUAACACUACUAUGCUUCCAGACCUUAAGCUCCAGAUUUUGAGGUAAUAGUUUACCCCAAAAACAAAAGGAAAAAACUUAGGGUGGUUGGAGAGGAGGAGGCCUUUUCAAGUAUUAGUGAAUCUACAUAAAUGUCGAGGGGACGGCCAGAUGAAGCACAAAAGAAGCGGUUGUUGACUAUUGUAUUUGUUGUUGCUCUAUUUCUUGUUUUUCUAUACGUUUACCAUGGCUCUAAGAAUACUGGGGAGUCUGCGUUAGAGUAUGGCAGCCGGUCUUUGAGAAAGUUGGGGUCUUCGUACUUGGGUGGAGAUGAAGAUUCUGAUCUUGGUGGUAAACAAGAUGAAACUAAGUUUGUGCUAGAUGACAGUGAGGAUGGUAUCACUCCCAAGAGCUUCCCUGUAUGUGAUGAUCGCCAUUCGGAGUUGAUUCCCUGUUUGGACAGAAAUCUUAUUUAUCAAAUGAGAUUGAAGCUGGACCUAUCAUUAAUGGAGCACUACGAGAGGCACUGCCCAUUACCUGAAAGGCGGUUCAAUUGUUUGAUUCCUCCUCCUCCCGGAUACAAGAUUCCGAUUAAGUGGCCGGGUAGCAGAGAUGAGGUUUGGAAAGCUAAUAUACCCCACACUCACCUUGCCCACGAGAAGUCAGACCAAAACUGGAUGGUUGUUAAAGGCGAUAAAAUUCAUUUUCCUGGAGGAGGCACCCACUUUCAUUACGGAGCAGAUAAAUAUAUUGCGCACUUAGCAAAUAUGCUCAACUUUUCAAACAAUGUAUUGAACAAUGAAGGUAGAUUGCGCACAGUAUUUGAUGUUGGAUGUGGUGUUGCAAGUUUUGGUGGUUACCUACUUUCAUCCGAUAUCCUUACUAUGUCACUUGCUCCUAACGACGUGCACCAAAAUCAAAUCCAAUUUGCUCUGGAGAGAGGGAUACCUGCAUAUCUAGGUGUUCUUGGGACAAAGAGGCUUCCUUAUCCGAGCAGGUCUUUUGAACUUGCUCACUGUUCUCGCUGUAGAAUUGAUUGGCUCCAGAGGGAUGGGAUUCUUCUCCUUGAAUUAGAUCGGGUGCUUAGACCUGGGGGAUAUUUUGCCUACUCGUCUCCCGAAGCUUAUGCUCAGGACGAAGAGGAUCUGAGAAUAUGGAAGGAGAUGAGUGCACUAGUUGAGCGCAUGUGUUGGAGAAUAGCGGUUAAGAAAAACCAAACUGUCAUUUGGCAGAAGCCAUUGAGUAAUGAUUGCUAUUUUGAAAGAGAACACGGCACUCAGCCACCUCUCUGCCGAUCUGAUGAUGACCCUGAUGCUGUCGGGAGCGUGCUGAUGGAGCCGUGCAUAACACGUUAUUCAGACCAUGAUCACAAAAUGAAAGGUAGCGGACUAGCGCCAUGGCCUGCUAGAUUAAUUACUCCUCCUCCACGCCUUGCUGAUUUUGGCUAUUCGAGUGAUAUGUUUGAAAAGGACAUGGAACUAUGGAGGCGGAGGGUUGACAACUACUGGAGUCUCUUGAAUCCGAAGAUCUCAUCCGAUACUAUCAGGAAUGUGAUGGACAUGAAAGCGAAUUUAGGUUCGUUUGCUGCUGCCUUGAAUGACAAGGAUGUGUGGGUUAUGAAUGUUGUAGCUGACGAUGGACCCAAAACGCUUAAGAUUGUCUACGACAGAGGCUUGAUCGGCUCAGUUCAUAACUGGUGUGAAGCCUUCUCUACGUACCCAAGAACCUAUGAUUUGCUCCACGCGUGGAAUGUACUCUCAGACAUCGAGAAGAAGGGCUGCAGUGGCGAGGAUCUACUGCUUGAGAUGGAUCGCAUUCUGAGGCCCACCGGAUUUGCCAUAUUCCGGGACAGGCAGCCAGUAAUCAACUUUGUGAAGAAGUAUAUGGCGGCAUUGCACUGGGAAGCAGUGGCGACUGGAGAGCCGAAUCAGGAGAACGGAGACGAGGUCGUGUUUAUCAUCCAGAAGAAGCUGUGGCUGACAAGUGAGAGCUUCAGAGAUGCAGAGUAGGCGUUGAGGUUUGUUGAUAUGCCUCUUGUUAUAUUUGUUCAACAUAUUCUUGGGAUCAAAGAAGCAUUUUCCCAGGGAAAUUCAUUACUUGGUUUCUCUUCUUUCUUUUUUCUUUCUUUUUGCUAUUUUUUGUUCUAAUUUAUGAUUUAGAUCACGAUGCAUGAAGUAAUUUAUUUGUAGGCUACAUUUCAAUUGAUUGUGUUAUUGUAAAAUUAAGAUUUUGGGGAACUUGUUCUUAGCCAAAUUAUAUAAAGAUUUAUUGUUGUCA